GCAGUCAGGUCGAUGGCGCUGGGCUUUUCAUUAGGUGGCUUCUCCGUCAGCGCAAUGCCUGUCAAGCCUUCGAAAAACCUGCAGCCGACGACCCCCAGCCUAAAUCGACGCGCCACUGCGAUUUUGAUCACCCAAAGUGACUUAGUCGCUGCUCGAUUCAUCAGAGUGGCCAACUCUGAGGAAUCUGUCGCCUUCUCACAAUUGGACUGGCUCAUUCUUGCGAGGAACAAUUCGGCAGCGAAACUCACUGGAAGCAGUUUAGGGCUGCAGGCGGACAGCGAAGCCACGGUGGCCGCAGUGGCUGCGAACGGAGCUGUGGAGCUGCUCACCUGGAACGGUGCGCGCUUUGAAAUGAGCGAAAAAGCGCACGACUCGGCCUCGCUCAACACCUUCUCCUCGAAUCUCCGCUUCAAAGGGCGACGCAGCCUCGAGGGAUAUCAUUUUUCUGUAGCCGUAUUUCACGACCCGCCGUUUGUGAUCAUAAAGAACGAAGGCAACAAAAGCUCCGCAGAGGGGUGGCUCGUCGACGUCUGGAAUGAUUUGCGCAGUCAACUCCGAUUCACGUCCAAAUUUUACCAGCCGAGUAGACGCAACGCCAAUGCAAACAAAACUAAAGUUUCCGUUCAAGAGCUGUCUUCUGGGAGGGCUGAGGUGAUUCUAACUCCGGCUGUGCCUACUUUGGGAAACUUUCACCUGGCUGAGUUUACCUAUCCUGUUGCCACUUUAAGACUGCGAUUUUUGAUUCACCGUUCAUCGACUGUAUCCGGCAUAGGCCAGUUCGUGCAUCCAUUUUCGCCCUUUCUGUGGUACAGCCUUGUCGGCCUGACCACCUUCUCUGCCCUGCUGAUGGGCACAGCUUACACCCUGGCCAGGAGGAUCGGUCUUGAAACGCAGGAGGCGCCGAUAUUCGAGCUGCGCGAGUCAUUCCUCAUAAUUUUCAGCUCGCUGCUGCAGCAAGGCAAGCACGAGAAAACCGAAGCAAAGCCGCAACCACCAUUGAUGUCGUACUAAUCCAGAAUUUCGUUGCAGGCACAGACAGCUCACCGAGCUCUCUAUCAGGACGAAUCAUUCUGUGGUGCUCGUACACCUUCGGGGUGGUCAUUUACACGGCUUACUCGGCUGCGCUAAUUUCCAAGCUUGCAGUCAGAGAAGUGGAUUUCCCGUUUCACUCGCUAGAUCAAAUGCUUGCCUCUAACUACAGACCGAUCGUCGUGAGAGAUUCGAUCCUCCACUACCUGAUUAAGGAGGGUGAGACGGGCAGUUGGAAAAGUUUGCGAGAGCGGAAGCCAAGUGUAAAAUUGGUUGGCGACGUGAGCGAAGCGAUUGACGAGCUAAUGAGGUCGAACGAGAAACUCGCCCUGCUCGAGGCACACGAAAGAUUCGGCCCUUUGGUGCAACAGUCGCCGCUCGACUGCGAGCUGCUGGUCAUGCCCGGACACGAGUUGCUUCCGGUCACCCUCAUGCUGCAGAAAUCGUCGCCUUUCAAAAAGGCCUUCGACCAAUUACUGUUAAGAAUGCUGGAAACGGGUCGUUUGUCUCGUGCUCGCCAACGCUGGAUGUUUCUCGUGGACGAAGACCCUUGUCCGCUAGACUCGACCCUGCCCUCGUUCGCCCUCAAGCACGUCACUCUUCCCUUUCUCAUAUUCCUCGCCGGCAUUGCGUCCUCCUUUCUAAUUUUCAUAAUUGAGAUCUUGGUGCACUGCGCAAAGAGGAAGUGAAAAGGCACCUCGCCGCAAAAUAUGAAUAAAUACGUAUGUAAAGCUGCCUCCUAGCUGUGUGUGGUGUGCUAUAGUACAACAUUUUUACGCUCAUGCGAGCGACUGCAUUAAAAGCUUUUACGAGUUCAAA